UAUACAUAUUUGUAUGUAUAUCAAAAAUCCAUAUCUAAACAAUCACUCGCAUGGCAGAUACAUAUACCAUACAAAGCGCCGAUCUUAAUGAUUUUGACAGUGCUUGAUCGGUAAGUGAAAAAGUCGCAGAAUUUCAUGGUUUAAGCUGCCUAGUAACUAGUCAUGUCAUAACAUGAUGCUAACAUGAUGAUGCCGCAAAAUUUACCGUUUAGUAGCCUGUACUCGCCGAUUAUUAACAUGCUGCCUUUUUAUAUAAUCAUGCAGACCUCUACUGCCUCCAUAAAGGAAUAAUAUCUGAAUAAUCAGUGAUCAUAAAAACCUCCUCAAAGUAAGCGCACCAUUUGCAAACAAAUUUCCGACAGGCCCACAUGACGACAACCACUGCAGUUGCAAUGACGUCGACACAAGGUGCAAUAGAACGGCGCCAACCUAAAGGUCUAACAACUAUUCCAUUCAAAAUUUAGUUCAAUCAAAUUCUAUUAUAAACAAAAUUACAUAUUUAUAAACAAAAAUGACACUCGUGCCGACCACUUAUGACGGUUUCGCGCGUGAACUCGAUCGACCGCGUUACUAUUCACCGUACGAUUUUCAACUUUACCCCUAUCUCUGGGAUGAUACAAGAUUGUGGUGGCCCUCUUCCGAUCGCCUGCUUCGUCCACUAGAUGACCUGGUUACACGUCGGGUUCGCAAUCAGCUAAUACAGUCAUCGUUACUAGAUUGGAGAUAUCCGAUGCGUUGGGAUAACUACUAUGCUGGUGAGCGAGUGCACGUAGAUGAAAAGGGGUUUCAGGUGGACAUCGAUGUGCGCCAAUUUAAACCGCAUGAAAUCGUGGUGAAAACCACCGAUGACUAUGUGAUUGUGCAGGGAAACCACGAGAAGCGAAACGACGGAAAUGGACUGGUCGAACGACAUUUCAUUCGAAAAUAUUUACUGCCACGAGGAUUCAAUGCCAACGAUGUGAUUUCCAAUCUAUCAUCAGAUGGUAUAUUGACAAUCAAAGCUCCACCUCCGCCACCAACAAAGUACUAUACUCCGAAUGAGCGUUUGGUACGAGUGCAUGAAACAGGUAAAUUGGCGUUGCCCUGGAAAUGAGAAAAUCUAAUAAAAGAAGACUAUUUAUGGAUGUGCAUUAUUGCAAUUAAUUGUGAAAAAUAUAUAUAUAUAUAUUUAUAUAAUUCGAGAUGUGAGUGCACUUUGAUUCAACGUGCACCAAAAGUCAAAAAAUAGAUUUAAUACUAGAUAUAUAUGUAAACAAACAGUUUGAAAAUGCUAAUAAGUACAAAUGCAAAAUAAA